AUUUCCAUAUAUAAAUGAGCUAAGCCUCCAAAGAGUGACCAUAUUCGGAAAAAUAAUAGUAGUGUUAUUUGUCGCUCCUCAAGGUGGCAAACCAAGGAGAACAAGAAGAGUCCAGGGCCACUGAGCCUGUGGUUGAUGACGUCUACAAUUUUGAAGAUGACCCUGUGGUUGAUAGGUUCAAUAGGUUUGGCACGGAGAUGUCUGCCAUGGUCUCUGCCUUGACACAGGUUGUUUCUGGUCGCUCUCAGACUGAGGCUGAAAGGGCACAAUCUUCUUCCUCUUCGGCUGGAGAUAAGAGAGGAUGGCUCAGAAUCGAUUCUUCUCUUCCCUCAUCAUUCGCUCCGGUAGACUCUUCACUUGGUCCGAUCGAAUUCACAAGCAAGGCAUUACCAGACGAAAUAGGGGGAAAAAGAAGGAGAUACAGGGGAGUAAGGCAGAGACCAUGGGGAAAAUGGGCGGCUGAGAUACGCGAUCCACAUAAAGCCGCUAGGGUAUGGCUUGGGACGUUUGAUACAGCGGAGGCCGCUGCUAGAGCCUAUGACGAGGCUGCACUCAGGUUCCGUGGAAGUAAAGCAAAGCUUAAUUUCCCCGAGGAUGUAAGGCUUCUUCUUCCUCCUCCUCCUCCUCCUCCUCCUCCUCCUCUUCCCUUACCUGCUGACACGGUGGCGAAUAAAGAAGAAGAGGAUCUUAUGAAUUAUUGGAGUUAUUCAAAUUUGUUGCAAAGUUCAGGUCAACGGUCUUUUUAUGGGCAUGGACAAGAAGAUAGUAGCAACAUAUUAGAACAUUCACCGAUGAAACAACCUCUGCCUCCUUCAAGUUCUCGUCAAAGUUCCUCUGAUUUUUCUGGACCUUCCUCUACCUAAUACAUUUUUAUGUUGUAAUAAAAAUUAUUAAUAACGGACUAAAAAAAAUUUAAAUACAUAGCUACAAUGUUAA